GAAAUAAAUAACCGAGACCGAGAAAAGUUUCUUACGUUUGGUUUAAAGUGGCCUGUUUGUGUCUAUUACGCAUAUAAAUCUCAAACAUCACGUGAACGAGCUUUACAAUUACCCUGCUUUGUGAAUGCGACCAACAUUUCUUGCACUCUUCGCAGCGUGUUUAGCUGGUGAAACGACUGGGACAGCUAUCCAAACCUCUGGAAUAACGAUUCGCUUUUUCCAGUUGUAAAACAGCUGUGGUUUAGAGGUUCAAAUCUGAGGUUUAAUCCCCAGCUAAGCACGCAGUUGACCCUUCAUAUUUUCGUCUUGUGUGUAGUUAAUGUAUUUGUAACACUUCCUGGUGUGUGCUCAGUUAUUCGGGAAUUGUGUAAAAGAACAGCCAGUUAGUUUCCACUGGGAUUUGUACCUGUGAUUUGCAUGUGGUCCGCAGGUGUAGGACAAGAAAAGUAUGUAAUGCGCGCGCGGGUAGGUCAGAAUCCCGUGCUUGUUUCAAAGCUGCAUUCGACUUUGCCUGUCAAUAAAUGAGCACAAUGGUUCAAGGAAUCGAUCCGUCUGGUCGCUGAAAUUGCUACAGUAUUUAAAUAGAUUAUCAUUUAAAUGUUGCUCUUAAAGCGCCCACACAGCUCACUUUUGGUAUUCGCUCGCAGCCCUCAAACGCGCAGUACCUCCAUGUUCCCAUCAGAUGAAGACACUCUUGCCCUUAUGGCAACCCCUCGCUGUUCUCUCCCUGAUAUUGUGGGACCGGAAGACAUGCUGAAAAAGAGGAGGAGGAAGAGAUAUGCUCUGUCAGGGCUGCGCUGGGACAAAACGGACAUAACUUGGAGCGUCCACAGCUUCCCUACCAUAGGCACCCACAUACAGUCUGAUUCAGUUAAUCCAAUCCUUGCUCAUGCCCUCAAAGUGUGGAGCGAUGUUACACCGCUGAGCUUUCAUUAUCUAUCCGAGACUUACGGACAAGGAGCCGGACAGGGGGGAGACAUAAGGGUGUCCUUCUCUCGAUCUUUUCACGACGAUGGAUACCCCUUCGAUGGUAUAGGAGGGACUCUUGCUCAUGCGUUCUUCCCUGGCACGGGCGACAUUGCAGGGGACACGCACUUCGACGAUGAGGAAAUCUGGAGCUAUGGAGGGAACAGUGGCAGCACAGACCUAUUCGCAGUGGCUGUACAUGAGUUUGGCCAUGCCCUGGGUCUCUCCCAUUCUUCUUCUGAUCCUUCCAUCAUGAGGCCCUAUUACCAGGGUCCAGUUGGGGACAUUGCAGCAUAUAAACUUCCCAUGGAUGACAGACUGGCCAUCCAGACACUGUAUGGGGUUAGAAAAGCCUCCCCUACACGCCCUCCAGGUGACGUACCUGGUCCUCCUCGUCCUCCUCUCCUGCCCAGUCCUGAUCCUCCAAGACCAACACAAAAGCCAAACCACUCUCUUCCCAAUCGCUGCAAUGGGAGCUUUGAUGCAGUGGCUCAUAUCAGAGGAGAGAUCUUCCUCUUCAAAGGCCCGUAUUUCUGGCGGAUCAAGCAGUCGGGUUCAUUGGUUUCUCUUUCCCCAGCUUUGAUAUGUAAUUUCUGGAUUGGGAUCCCCCCAGGAAUUGAAAAAGUUGAUGCUGUGUACGAGAGGAAGAGUGACAGUCACAUAAUUUUCUUUAUUGGAAAUCAGUAUUGGGUCUUCAAUGGCGCCAAAUCCCUUCCUGGGUACCCACAUCCACUCUCAGAGUGGGCAAUGAGGUCAAGAGAUGGUUAUGAGAUACAGAGAGUGGAGGCUGCAUUUGUAUGGGACCACAAUGGGAAGACCUACCUAUUCAGUGGUAGGCAGUUUUGGAGGUUUGAUGAAGAGAGGAGAGGAAUGGAGAGAAAGCUGGAUGGAGACUACCCAAAAGAUGCUACUCUCUGGGCAGGUGUACCCCCUGACCCUGAUGACAUUUUCAGCAGGGGAAAUGGUGAUACUUAUUUCUUCAAGGGAAAUUCCUACUGGAUGCUGAAGCAAGGUGGGAUAAAUCAAGAGGCUGUUGCAUCCAAAUCUAUUGCAGUUGACUGGAUGAGAUGUGCCCCAUCGCCAACUGCUGCCUAUGCUCCAGCCAAGCCUCGGAAUGAGGACUGCAGCUGUACAGUGAACAGGGCUUUAACAUUACGGGAUUCUAAUUGGAUCAUGCUACUCUCCAUCAUUUUGAUUUUUUGCCUUUCCCAAAUUAGGUAAUUAUUUGGCCAAAAAGUGUUAUAUUUUUAUUGCACGUUAAAUUCUGAUAAAACAUGUAUCAGCCAUUUUAAAUACUGUGUUUUAAAUACUACAUUUCAAAUUUGAUCUCUUAAAUUGUAUAUUUAAUUACAUUUCUUUUCCUUUCUUUCUUUCUUUCCUUUUUCUUUAAUGCAUCUCUGUUCUGCAUUAUUUGUAAAGUGUAUUGGGACCAUGCUGCAUGGUGAUUCUGCACUUUAAAUAAAAAUUGAUUGAUUGAU